GGAAUCGAUGUGCCGGGAAGCCAGUUAUUCUUAAUUUAGCCUUCCACAGUUUCGGUUUCGAAGAACCUGAAAUUUCGUUGGAGGUUUCUGUGGAAUUUUAAUUAUAUUUUAAACAACUUGAAAACUUGUAUAAAACACACAGUAAUAAAGUAGUGCACUACAUUGUGAAUGUCGAGAUAGUCUAGUUAAAUAAUUUGAUUGUGAACUUUACGGGAUAUACUAAAAAAGCUGAGGCGUGUAUCAUUCUCAAUAAGUUCUACUCACUUGACGACUUGACUUAAGACUUAAUUUAAUUAUAAGGCAGGAUAAAUAAGGUAAUAUUAGUAUUAUUAUUAAUAAUAAAAUAAUUAUAAUAAUUUAACCAAUUACUAAGUCUAAGCGUCACGUGAGUCAUAUUUUUAUUUUAAUACGAAUAUUAUUUAUAAAAAUUUUAGAUUGUCAGAUUUAAUGAUAACUUUAUUAGUUUAAUCGAUGAUUUAAUUAAUAUAAUAAAUAAUACAUUGUUAUUAAUAGUUAAUAAAUUAAUAAUUUGGCCGCCACUGAAGUGAAGAUGAAUGAUUUAAACUAAAACGUUAGUUUAGUGAUUAAUAGUAACACAGAAACAUAUUAAAUUAAGUUUCGACAAUGCAUGCAAGAUUAUUCUACUAAUAUUCAGUUUCAGUUUCUGUUCAGUUGCUUUUAAUAGUUUAAUGAUUGUUCAAAUUUAUUUAAAAAGCCACACCCAUUUCAAGUAAUCAUACAAUACAACUACUAAUUGUGACGACUUAUGCUUAAUUGGUGUUUCAGCUAAAUAAUAAUUAAAAUUUCUAUGGCCUUCAUAAAAAAUAUAUUAGGUGAAGAUGUGAAAGAGAAUGAUACAGAUUGACCUCAAAGGGGCAAUAGAUGUUAAUACAUUUUGUAUGUUAGGUAUUUGUACCUGUAUUAAUAUUAUUAUAUUAAACAUUCCAAGUCAUGUUUCUUUUGCACAAAACUUCUUAAGUAAAAUUUAUACAGGUAUCUAAUUACCAGUCCAUCAAUUUUCUUUUUUAGCAUGGAGAACCAUAGGGAGUCUCGCAAACGUUUGCGCCCAUGGCUGGAAAGAAUGAUCAAUAUGGCGGAAUGUCCAGGGUUGGUGUGGGAAAACAAAGAAGAGAGGACAUUUAGAAUUCCAUGGCGCCAUUUUAAUAACAAGGAAUGGGUCGAAGAAGACUCCAAAAUAUUCAGGGAGUGGGCCAAGUACACAGGAAAAUAUCAAGAUGGUGACAAACUAGAGUAUCCAGUAUGGAAAACUCGGCUCCGUUGUGCACUGAAAAAAAUUCCUGAAAUUAAGGAAGUGCCAGAGCAACAUCGAAUUGAAGAUGUUAACCCAUAUAGAGUUUAUAAGUUUGUGGAUGUUCCUGUGAUGAAAAGAGUUUGUGAGCUUGACACAGAUUCCUGUAACAGCCAAGCAAGCUGUAAUUCACAUCAAGGAAGUUCACCUUAUCGCAAGGACUAUCUUGAAGAGCCGUCAAAUUCACCACCAAACUUCCUUAAAUAUGUUGGUGGUGAUCAGCAUUCAAAUGUACCUACUGUUGUUUAUGAUGAUGAGAACUGCGCUGCAAAUUAUUCCCAAUUCAAUGUCAGAAAAGAAAAUCCGACUUCUUUUUUAAGCAUGUUGAAUGAUUGCUCAAAACCUUUUCUUGACAUGAGAGACCAGAAUGACAUUUCAGAAUAUUCAGGCUACAAAUCUCAAUACAUGGAAGAAUGUAUCCCUCAAUAUUCUGUUAAUGAUGCACAUGGUAUGCCUCUGAGAUCAACAACAGUAUUGUCUGAGGUGACUGCUUAUAACACAGACACAGAAAAUACACAGUCAGAAAAUGGUGAAAUCAAUGCAAGCUUGCCAGCAGAUCUUAUGUCUGUUGACAGCACGGACCUCUGUGUUUUAGCCAACAUGGAGCUACCAGCCUCCAUCUCCAGUUUGAACACACAAAGUCUGAACCUGAGCAUGGAAGGUGGUCAGACCCAAAGUCUCAGCAAUGCCACUGCGUCUUUGGGAAAUGGUAUAAGAUUAGGAUCACUUCAGGAUAGCUGUAACUCAAUUGAGGUAACUGUUAUUUAUGGUUCCCCCAGUCACCAGGUAUUGGCCAAAACUAUUCAAGGAAAUGGAUGCAGACUCUAUUACAGCAACACAAGCCACUUGAACCUCAAUGAUAAAAAAAUCGAGGAAACUCUUUUUGGACCAAAAGAUGUUAAUCAGAUUGCUCUACCCAGCUUAGUUCAGUGCCCCUUUGACGUCAGUGAUGACCAGAGACGCUUGAUUCAUGAUCUAUUGGACAAUAUGGAGAGAGGUAUCGUGCUAACUUUGAAAGAUGGAGACAUUUUCGUGCAGCGCCUUUGUAGAACAAGGGUCUAUUUAACAAACGGAACAACUGAGAGCAUACUACUAGAACGCAAAAACCGAGUUCCCACACUGGCAUUUGACUUUGCCAAAUUUCGCCAUUCAUUCCAAACCUGCUCUGAAGGCCCUGAUGGCUCGAAAAAAGAAUUACCUAAACCUUUUUUUAUUUUGACCUUGGGCCAAGAAAUCAAGAAGUCUCAUUACAACCCUAUGAACAAUAUCUUGAUCCAUAUUGUUGUCAAGCACCAAACUGCAGCCAAACUCAUGUCUCAGUCUUCAAGCAUGAGCAGCACAUCUGGCCAAUUUUACUCUUCAUAUGAUUCAUAUGACAAAAUUCUGGAUGAAGUGAAAAAGAUUAGCCUUAAAUCUUAGAUCUACUGUUCAGUUUAUGUGAGAAAAAAAAUUGUGUUAAAGUUAAGAAAGUGGAUAUGUCAGUGGUUAAGUUUAUUGUUAGGUCAGAAGAAGUAGGCAUAUGAAAUAAGAAUGACAGCCAAUUGCAAAAUAUGUCAACAAGCUCAUAUAACGAUAACAGUAUAACAGUAUUUCUUAUCAGAUGUAAUAUGUUUUUUCACCUUAAAAUUUUUUUUGCCCAUUAAAUAAUGUUUCCAUUUCUGAAAGAUAAUUUUAUGUAAUAUAAGAAAUUAAAAGUUGUUCAGAGUAAAGAUGGUAGAAGUAAAUAUGUGCUUUUAGUUACACCACUUAAUGUUUGAAUGAAACCCAUCAUUUUUAUGAUAAAAGUAUUAAAAAAAUGUUUUAUAUAAAAUUGCAAUGAAAGGAAUUACAAUAACAGAUUCUCAUUCCCCUUUUCGAAAUUCAUUCCUUACUAAAGAAUUUGUAACCAGCUAACUACCGAAUGCUAAGUGAACAGAGAUGGAAUGGUCAUAACUUAAUGAAACUGCUACUCCAGCACUCAGUUCAUUAAUUUUUUAUUUCCUUUUUGAUAUUUUUCAAUUAGCUUUUUAUUUCCUUGUUAAUGUGCUUACUGUUUAUUGGGUUCAAAACCUAAAGAACAAUUUAAAUAUUUUUGUGAGAUCAACUUAUUGAUAGGUAGAAGUUAACAUACUCUGUGAAAUGUAACUUGAAAAAAAAAUAUAAACACAACCCAUGGUUUAUUACUUUUUUUUAUAUUCUGUACUCUAAUUGUUCACAAAUAUUGCCACUCCCUUCCUCAAUGUCAGUGAGACUGUUGUUGACAUUUGACCUAUUCAGUGACAUUUGGGAAAAACAUUGAUGAGCUCUGAUAAUUCACUUCCCUGUUGAUCAAACUGAUGGUUUUAGCCUUAUGGUUUCUAAUCAUUGAUAACACUAGCACUAGCAGUCCAUGGCCCAUAUUUUUUACCAAAUUUGGUAAUAUUAGCUCACCCUAUAAAACUAUGUGGAAAUUAAAUGCAGCAUAUGAUGUAAAUCACAUGUUGUGAUUGGGGGAAUAUUCAAGUUUUUCAAAUAAAAAAAUCUGUUGCUCAAAAGCUAGGCUAUUUUAAAUUAACAUCUCAUAUUUGUCGCCAAUAAAGUAAACUCCACUAUAAUUGGAGUGAUGCCACCCCCAAAAAAUUAAGACAUGUAUUUAUCUAACUGAGGUAUCAAUCCAACCUGACUCAACACAUUUUUUUUUUCAGCUCACAUUUGUGCGAUAAUUAAUUAACACUUGUUUUCAUUACCCUAAGCACAGAGGCGUAGCGAUGGGGGGGCAGGGGGGGACAGAUGUCCCCGGGCGCAAGCUAGUUAGGUGAUUUGAUAUUAUAUUAUUGGUAAAAAUAAUGGGUUUUAGAGUUGAAAAAAGAAAAGGGGGCGCUUUAAAAUGGAUCUUGUCCCCGGGCGCCAAACACCCUCGCUACGCCACUGCCUAAGCACUUCAUGCACAAUAACUAUAACACUGAUAACACCCACAAAAUUCAUUCAGUACCAUUGUACAAUUAAAAAACCCAGCCCCCCCCCCCCCCUUUUUUUUUAACCAUGAAAAUCUCC